CGCCUCGAUAUAUGAGCAAUGGUAGUGUGUGCAAAUAAAAGUAGUCUUCUUUAUCGGUCGUACUGAUUUGGUGGAGUUUAUUCCUUACGGUUCAGUGAAUUAGAUCUUAGUUGAUGCUACUAUCAUUAGAUUGUUUGGAGGAUUCCGUUCUUUUUUUCUUUUCGGGAAUCGGUAUAUGAAAUAAAUAUUCAGGGAUGAUGUAUGGGUAUUUGGUGAUAAUUCACAUGCAUAAUUAGGAUUGGGUGAAGUUUCUGAAGUACAAAAGCGACCUUAAAGGUUAUACUGCAAUUAUGAACUUCUAAAUAGUGCAGAGACAUAUACUUAUGCUUACAAUUGGGAAGGUCUGUAUUAUUGGGGUGAAACUAAUUUUUGUUGUUCUUAAUUUAAAGGAUUGUGUUUAGAUCCUAAAUAAUUACCACAAAAAGGAAUAUCAUAAUUAUGUGCUUAGAAUGAUCGAUUUUAUUACAUUUAACAUGGAGAUUUAUAUGGGAGUGGAUUUACUUAUUUAUUAGGAGCAAAAACUAAUGUAGUUUCAACAACUAAACCAUUACUAAUAAUGAAUAAGGUAGUGAAGAUAUCAUGUUCAAUUAGUCAUUCUUUAUUAUUAGAUGAAAAUGGAUAUGUAUAUUCUUGGGGAAAUGGUAAAAAUGGAGAAUUAGGAUUAUAGAUGGCAGGAUAUUCAUUUUAAACUUAUUGUAGUACUCCUACAUAGAUUAAAUAGUUAGAAAAAAUAUAAGAUGUUUAAUGUGGGAAUCAUUAUAGUUUGGUACUUAAUUAUUAAGGUAUUAUAUAUGAAUGGGGGAAUGGAUUAUAAUCAAUGACAUUUGAAUAGGCUUUAAAGAUUAAAGAAGUUAGAAUGCCUAAUUAAUAUUCUAAUAUACGUAAAAUCCAUGUAGCUUAAACUCAAGCUGCAUGUGUUGAUUAACUUGGUAGAUUGUAUUCAUGGAAUGCUAAGAAUUCUAAACCUUAAUUCAUUAAAAGUGGAUUUAGAUGUGAAGAAUUCUUAUGUGGUGACGAUAUUGUACUAUUUAUAGGAAAUGAAUAAGCAUAUUAAGUAUCAGAACAUUUUAAAUAAUAAGUUAAAGAUAAAGUUAAGAAAUAUAAGGAUUAUGUUGAAUUAAAAAAUAAUAAAGUUAGAAAUGUAUUUUAUGAUGAAAAUAAAAGAACGAAAUGUUUAUAAGAAUUAAAUUAGAAAGUUUUAGAAUAAUAAAUUAAACCAAUCUAACCUGAAGAUUUCUUGUUUUCUCGUUUACAAAGAAAAUAAUCAUUAUAUGUUAUGUAAUUAAAGAGGAGAAGCACUAUGAUGAUUUCAGAAUUAUAAACUUUGGGUUUUUAAUCUGAUCAUAAAUAGAGAUUUAGUAAUACAACCAAAUUUGAAUUGAUUAAGGAAUAAAUGAAAUAAGGAAAAUUGUAAUUGAUGAAGAAUGAUAAAGAGUAAAAGGAUAAUAAUAAUAAGAAUUUCUAAGGAUCUUGGGAAUAGUUUAAACUGCUUUCAAAAAAUGUGAAUCGUACAAGUUAAAUAAAGAACAGAAUACCUUUACAUAUUUUAAAUACUAAAUUAUAAUAAGCAAUAGAGAUUGACAAGGUUUCUGAAUUAAUUUUAGAAUCUGAAAGAUUGAAUCCUUUAUAUAUUCCAUUGGAUAACAUGGCUAAGAUAAUAAAAUCUUAACCAUAGACUUAAAGAGAAUCACUUCACAUAUAAGAAUAAGAAGAAAAAGAGUUUAUCGAUGAUCCAGAUAUUAUGAAAUAUGAAUAUGUGAAACGUAUAUAUAAUGGAUAUCAUGAAAAAUUGUUGAUGGAUAAUUUGAUGACAAAAGAUUAAUGUUUCUUACCAAUAAAAUGGAAAAGACUAAAAGAUGAUACAAAACUAUUUCAAGGACGUUAUAAUAGAAUGCAAUAAAGACUUCAAAGAGAAUAAAGAGACGCGAAGAAACUAACAAAGAUUACAGAUUUAUAACAUUUAUGA